GAGCGUGACCUGAAGCCGCCGCCUCACGCUUCCCGGGCCUGUGUAGGUUUCCUUUUAACUUCUGCGAUCAUCUGUUUACAGCGGCGUCUCAGAGGGCGUUUAGUGCCUGGGCGGGCUGAUCAGGAUCGCUGUGAUCCGCGAGGGAAAGGGACGGUGCCCGCGUCCCGCUCGGGUGUGGACGUCCACCGUAGAGAACGUUAACGAAAACCCAGCCCUGCUCCUUACGAACCCGACGCAGAAACCCGAGCCACACUGCGGAUUCCGCGGCUGACGUCAUACUGAUGUCAUAGUUAAGGCGAUCCAGAAGUUACCACUUCAAGCCGUUUUACAAUCCAUGUGUUAUUUCCGUCUCCCUGGACAGAGAGCACACUGGCCCACCGGUCUCUCGGCCAUGGCUGCAGGUGGGUCAGGAGAUGCCGAAGUGGACUCGGCCGUCUCGCCAGCCCCGCAGCCGGCGGAAGCUCCGGGCAGGCCCGGCUACGCGCUCCGGCUCACUCUGACCGGACACGCCCAGGCGGUGUCCGCCGUGCAGUUCAGCCCUAACGGCCAGUGGCUGGCCAGUGCCUCUGCCGAUGCGCGCAUUAUGAUUUGGGGCGCCUAUGAUGGAAAACACGAACAGACCCUGUCCGGCCACAGGCUGGAGAUAUCAGAUGUUGCUUGGUCGUCAGACUCCAGUCGGCUUGUUUCUGCUUCAGAUGACAAAACUCUAAAGAUGUGGGAUGUGAGAUCUGGGACAUGUUUGCAGACGUUACGGGGGCAUACCAAUUACGUCUUCUGCUGUAAUUUCAACCCAGCAUCCAACCUCAUCGUUUCAGGGUCUUUUGACGAGAGUGUGAAAAUAUGGGAGGUGGAAACAGGGAGGUGCCUUAAGACUUUGUCUGCCCAUUCUGACCCCGUGUCUGCUGUCCACUUUAAUUGCAGUGGGUCCUUGAUAGUGUCAGGGAGCUACGAUGGUCUCUGUAGGAUCUGGGAUGCAGCAUCGGGUCAGUGUUUAAAAAUGCUUGUGGACAAUGUUAACCCUCCUGUGUCUUUUGUAAAAUUCUCUCCAAAUGGCAAAUAUAUUCUCACGGCAACUCUGGACAAUACUUUGAAACUGUGGGAUUAUAGCAGAGGCAGAUGCCUGAAGACAUACAAGGGUCAUAAAAAUGAGAAAUACUGUAUAUUCGCGAAUUUCUCAGUUACUGCUGGAAAGUGGAUUGUGUCUGGUUCUGAGGACCACCUGGUUUACAUCUGGAACCUGCAAACUAAAGAGAUUGUCCAGACAUUGCAAGGCCACACGGACGUCGUGAUCUCGGUAGCUUGUCAUCCUACAGAAAACAUGAUUGCAUCCGCAGCAUUAGGAAAUGACAGAACAAUUAAGCUGUGGAUGAGUAAAUACUAAACCUGACUGGAGUCAGGUGUUAAGAGCCAGGUUAACAAACAUUUGGAAAGGUACUUUCCCUUCCCUGCGGUAUGGUUUUGCACAUCUUUUAGAAGUUUUGAUUGUAAGAUUUUGAAAUAUAUAACCUAAACUUUGAAAAUGACAUGAAGGAGCAGGUGUUUAGUUCCGUAGUUAAGAUGCUUGGGUCCCACAUCAGACUCCCCAAGCUGGUCACAGCUGUAGCUAACACACAUGGGGAUAGUUCAUCUGAUAAUUGGUUCCCAUUUUAACCCUAGCACUCUUGCUGUCCUCUGCUUCCUGAUUUUAAGAGCUGGGAAAGCCAGUCUGUGACAGAGAGCUUGUGACUUCUGAGUGUCAUCAUUUGUCUCUCUUGUGUAUACGGUUUCUUAUUUUGUUCUAAUGACUGGAAGCUUGGUAUACUUGGGAAAUGCUUACAAGUAAGGCUGAUUUAAGGAAAGCAAGGGAGUUUGAAGUAAUGCCAGGGUUUCUGUUUGGAAGGAUCCGACGAACGAGAGAGGUUUGGGAUGAGGAUGAAGGACUGAAAUACGUACCAGAUGCCACCACACGCUUUGGGUAGACUCCAAUCUGUAAACGGAGACAGUCACGACCAGGCAUUUCAGGAAGCGGCUCUCAGCUGCUGUGUCGUGCCACCUUGGGAGUGGGAGGCCGGUGAAAUGCCCGCAGGGUGAGUGUGCUCCGCUUCCUUGUUUACCCCACGCCUCCCGGUACUUCAUUCUCAGUUCAGAAUGCGCCACUUGUGGAGCCCGUAGCUCAGUGGACAGCCAAGCUGGGGUUUCCGUCUGCGUCCAUAGCUUCUGCUACAUGGUUCAAAAUACAGUAUUUACCAGCUUGUACUGUGAUAGUUUCAUGGAUCAAUUUCCACUUGGUGGUAGUCUCUGGAAUUGGAAAGUGUGUCUUGGUCAUCUCUGUAUCCUUGAUCUUGUGUGCAGAAAAAGUAGUUGGGUCAUGCUGGAUGAAUAACAAUGAAUGAUAUCCGACAGCA